GAGAAGCCCGAGCCCGAGCCCCCCGUCGUCAUUUCGGCGCUGCGGCGGCCACCGGCUCCCACUUGGCUGGGAACAUGGGAGCCCGCUUGCCCUUGCCGGCAGGUGGGGUGGCUACCUGGGACCCCAGCAGGGCACAUCUGUCUUUCUUUCUUCUUCUGGGCUUUCUGAAAAGCUUCUAGGUCCCAGUACCUCUUGCAACUCUCUUCUGUUUUAAGGAUUCUUUCCAAAGGUUUGAUUUUUUUUUUUUUUUUCCUGGAGAAGCUUUGGAUAAAUAUUUUUCUCUGCUUUGCUUCUUCAAUACAACCUCUCGUCACGGUUUAACUUUUUUGUGACUUGUUUUAACUUGAGAUUGGAAGUGAAUAUAUACAUAUAUAUACACAAAUGUACAUUUAUAUAAAUCUUUAAAUAUAUAUAUAUACACACACAUAUAUAUAUAUGAUUAUUUUCUAAGAGCACAUCUCUCUGGCACCCUUCAUUGAUACCUCUGUCCUUUACCUCUUUGGGAUUUGACAAGCUCCAGACUCUGUGUGGUUGUGGAUUCCGACUGCUUUGCAAAUGGGUAUUUCUGCGCAAGAGCUGUUUCCAGCACUCACUAAGACCUCUCAGUAACUGGAGACCUGGCCUGCCUUGCCUACUGAGCUUGGGGGAAGAUUGGAUGCAGAUGAGUUAAUUAUAUUCCAUGAAGUAAUAGCUUACCACCUGCCAGGGUUUAAACUACUUUUGCAGCAUCACUUCACCUGUGGAGUCUUUGAAAUUUUGCUUUCUUGGGGAAAAAACUAGGUAAGAGAAGGCAGUUUUCUUAACAAGUUAGCGUCCUCUCCCUCCCUUACAAGUUGGUGCAAAAGAUCGGGCUCUGACUCCAUUGAACUGCACCUUCACGUCAAAAUAGAAGAAGAAAGGGACCAUGGCUCUGAGUGGAAACUGUAGUCGUUAUUAUCCUCGAGAACAAGGGGCUGCGGUUCCCAACUCCUUCCCUGAGGUUGUGGAGCUGAACGUUGGGGGUCAAGUUUAUUUCACUCGCCAUUCCACAUUAAUAAGCAUCCCUCAUUCCCUCCUGUGGAAAAUGUUUUCCCCAAAGAGAGACACAGCUAACGAUCUAGCCAAGGACUCCAAGGGAAGGUUUUUCAUUGACAGAGAUGGAUUCCUGUUCCGUUACAUUCUGGACUAUCUCAGGGACAGGCAGGUGGUCCUGCCUGAUCACUUUCCAGAAAGGGGAAGACUGAAAAGGGAAGCUGAGUACUUCCAGCUCCCAGACUUGGUCAAACUCCUGACCCCUGAUGAAAUCAAGCAAAGCCCAGAUGAAUUCUGCCAUAGUGACUUUGAAGAUGCCUCCCAAGGAAGUGACACGAGAAUAUGCCCCCCUUCCUCGCUACUCCCUGCUGACCGCAAGUGGGGUUUUAUUACUGUGGGAUACAGGGGCUCCUGCACCAUGGGGAGAGAGGGGCAGGCGGAUGCCAAGUUUCGGAGAGUUCCCCGGAUUUUGGUUUGUGGAAGGAUUUCCUUGGCAAAGGAGGUCUUUGGAGAAACUUUGAAUGAGAGCAGAGACCCUGACAGAGCCCCAGAAAGAUACACCUCCAGAUUUUAUCUCAAAUUCAGGCAUCUGGAAAGGGCUUUUGAUAUGUUAUCAGAAUGUGGAUUCCACAUGGUGGCCUGUAACUCCUCAGUGACAGCAUCUUUCGUCAACCAAUACACAGAUGACAAGGUCUGGUCAAGUUACACUGAGUACGUCUUCUAUCGUAAGUACCACGGCUUCUUUUUGUUUUUUCGUGUGUAUGGAUCCUCUUAA